AUGAUUUCCCUCACAAAACAGGGCGGCAAUACGCACCAGCAGGCCGUUCCCAGGCCUCGCACCGACCGCGUGGUCCCCAAACCCGUCCCAGAGGCUCAGUCCAAGGAUCCCCGCGGCUACCAGCUCGAGCAGCUGCGCAAGCGCUACUCGCCCCGCGAAUCCACCGCCGCGGACGGCACCACCACAUCCCUGGUCUUCCGCAUCAAGCCCUCGGAUCCGGACUUUCCCUUUGAGCUGGAGCACUUGCAGUGCGACCUCCGCGUGCCGGAGGACUACCCCGAUGCUGUCCCCGUCCUGCACGUGCGGAACAGCGAUAUCCCGCGCGGCUUCUGCAUCAACAUUGAGCGCGGGUGGGAGAGGCUCGUCGAGGAACGCCGGGGCGCUACGCUUCUCGCCCUCACCUACGCCCUGGACAAGAACCUGGAAAAGUUCCUGUCCGAGCAGGAGGUGGCUACCGUGAAGUUGGUCACCUACAAGGACGAGGGCGUGAAGGAUACCCGCCACCUCGAGGCCGCCGCCAUCGCGGCCAUCCCGGGCCCGGCGACCCAGAUCACAAAGACGCCAUCCCCGGCCCCGGCGCCGCCUGUGAGGCACUACACUCCUGAAGAGUACUUCACCAAGGAGGAGAUGGCGGCUGCCAAAGCCCGGCGCGCGCAGGAGACGCGGCAGUUGGAGACACGCAUGGGACGGCUGUCUCUAUAUCGCCGAUCGCCGGACGGCAUCGUCUACACGCUCCCUCUAGAGCCUCGUCGCCGUGCCGAGCUAUCUCCCGGGUUGCAAGGCGUCAAGACGGUCCAUCUUAUUGUGCCGCUGCUAUACCCGCUGCAACCGCUGCGUAUCCAGCUCAACGAGUGUGACUCGCAAGACGCCGAGCCCUUGGAGGAGCUCUACGUACAGAAAGCAGCGGAGCAGAAGCAGAUGACUCUCACGAGCCACCUGAACUACUUGGCUCAGAACAUGCACGUCUUAGCAAAGCAAGCAGCAGCGCCGCCUAAGCCUGCUGCUGCUCAGGUGGUGUCAAAUCAGGAACCUGAAAAGGAUUCCAAGGCAAAGGCACCGGCCAUGGAUGACAAUGACCGCAGCCAUAUCAAAGUUAUCCCGCGUCCACCGGAAUGGAGCCGUCCCGGCGCCAGUGAAGACAACACAGAUUCGUCAGACAGCUACGAUUCAGAAGACGACUCGGACGAAGGCGGCGCCGACCUCGACGCAGAACCACCCAGCCUCUCCUCCGGCCUCACCCCGGAAAGGGGCACAUCCAUCUCCUUCCCGACCAUCGAGCUCCACAGCAUCGAGCUCUUCCAGGUCUCCAUCCUCAACCUGAGCGUCAAAUGCUCGCGCUGCAAGACCAUCAACGAGAUCACCGGCCUCAAGCACGAGGUCCCCCAGACCUCCACCUGCCGCAAAUGCGCCGCCGGCCUAGCAGCGCAGUUCCGCCAGACGCUCGUCCACGCAAACUCCACCCGCGCCGGCUUCGUCGACCUCACGGGCUGCACCGUCGCCGACAUGCUCCCCAGCACCUUCGUCCCCGUCUGCGCCAAAUGCUCCACCGCAAGCCAGGGGCUCGUCGCCGUCCGCGGCGACGCCGUCACGAACGUCUGCCGCGCCUGCCACGGCAAAUUCACAUUCAAGAUCCCCACCGUCAAGUUCUUGGCGCUCUCCGCGGGGGGGCUCGCGGCCCCGACGACGGGACCCGUGAAGAAGGCCGAGAAACUCGGUCUCCACGCGGGCACCCCGCUCCCGGACCGCGGCGCCUGCGCGCACUACCGCAAGAGCUACCGCUGGUUCCGGUUCUCGUGCUGUGCGAAAGUGCACCCGUGCGAUCGGUGCCACGACGAGGCGGAGAACCACGUCAACGAGUGGGCGAACCGGAUGGUGUGCGGGUGGUGCAGUCGCGAGCAGCGGUAUUCGCCCGAGGCGUGCGGGUUCUGCGGCCGGAGCGUCAUUGGGCGGAAGGGCAAGGGGUUCUGGGAGGGCGGUAAGGGUACGCGGGACCGUAAGUUGAUGAGUCGUAAGGACCCGAGGAAGUUUAAGAGGGUCGGUGGUGGUGCGGCUGCUGCUGCGAAGAAGGACUAA